AUGUCCGAUAAGAAGCAGGCCCAGAACCAGGUCGCCGAGGAAGAGGAAGAGGAAGAGCAGUCGGAGGAAGAGGAGGAAUCUCAGGACCAACAAGUCCAGAAAUCAACACCUCAAGCGAAUCAAUCAAACCAACAAUCAAACCAAUCCCAACCCCAACAAAACGGGCAACAAAAUGGCGAACAGUACUUGAUCGAAGGCCAGGAGCUUCAGCAAAUGCUGCCACCGCGAGCGGAGGGAUACCGACCUGCGCCGAUCCGAGAAUCUAGAAUCAAGGACCGUCCAUACAAGGAAGUUGAGAGUAGCAUGAAGAUCAAGAUCGAGCUGGAUCUAGAAGUCGAGGUUGACCUUUACGCCAGAGUGAAGGGUGAUGUGACCAUUGGUCUGAUGUGA